UGCCCUCACUAUGUCGGUGCAACAAGCCCCUCAGUCCCGGGUAUUCGUGGAACUGGUUCCCUGGGCUGACCGGGGCCGGGAGAACUAUCUGCUCUCGGGCGGAGAGACGCUGCCCGGCCUCCGCCGCCCUCUCUCCUCAGCGCAGACCCAGACUGCCACCCGCGAGGUGCAUGUAAGCGGCACUGCGGAGGUGUCUGCGACCCCCGACCGGGCGCAGGUGGUCGUGCAGAUGAGCAGCACCAAGGAGGCGGCAGCCGAGGCCAAGAAGAGCGUUUGCCGCCGCCUGGAUUACAUCACGCAGACCCUCCAGCAGCAGGGCGUGCAGUCAGAAAAUGUAACUGUGACAAAGGAUUUUCAAAGGGUAGAAAAUGCUUAUCACAUGGAAGCAGAGCUGCCUGAUCCCAGGCCACCGUCCCUUCUGAUCACCCUCCUCCGGUCUCAAAUCACCGCAAAGCCACGCCAGGAUGCAGUGACCCAAAGUAAACGCGACUCUGAUCGCCUUCUUCCCAGCUUAAAACCUUUCGGUGGCUCCUGGUGGCCAGCAGCACUAAAGGCCAGCCCCCUUGCGUGGUUUCAAGGCCCCUCAAGAUCUGACCCCUGUGCUCUCCGCAAUCUCACCCCUCCUCCUCGCACGCUCCAGAAGAAUUCCAGACUCCUUCUCUGCGAUGUUCCCCACCCCCAAUGCCUACCAGGCUUAUCUGGCUAAUUUACCACCUUUGUGUUAAAAAGUCGCCUCUAACAUCACAUCCUCCAGGACUGCCAUCCCAGCCAGCAGGGUGAGACGACCCUCAGAGCACCUGCAUGUUUCUCUCCAUUGUAGCAAACAUCGCUACUCCAGUGACGUAGUUACCGGUUUUCCCCACCCCACUCCCAGCAGUUCAUCACCUGCUACUUUGUACCAGGCACGGGGCUAAGCAGGUGUUAUGAAUUAUUUAACACUUACAACCACCCUAUGAAAGAGCUUCUGUUAUUCCCAUCAUACACAUGCAGCAUAAGAGCUUAAGAAAUGUGUCUCAUCUCGCAUGGCCAGGAUGCAGGGGGCUCAGGCGUCCAUAUUUUUUAAACUUACACUCCCGGUGAUUCCCGUAUGCAGCCAUGAUUGAGAAUCACUGUGUGGCUUGUGAGGUCUUUUAGGACAAGGGGGCCAUCCAUGCUUCUGGACCUAGCACAGUGACUGAGACGCAGUAGGUGUUUGUGGAAUGAAUGGAGGUUUUAUUUGAUCCUCUACACCAGUCUAGAAGGCAGGGCCAUUCAGAAAUCGUAACUGCCUUGUUUUUAGAUGUGCAAAGAGAUCCAGAAAGUCGAGUGACUUUACAGUUCAUAAAUGGCAGUGCAUGUUCCAGACUAGGAACAUCUGACUCCCCUGGGCUCUUUUCACCAUCGUAGCUUUUUCUGGGACAGCCUCCCAAAGAAAGAUUUCCUUUUGAUUCUUCCUGGAAAACUUUGGUGAUAAGAGAUUCAUUUUCACCUCUGAUCGGAUUUAGAGCAUCUGUAGUGCCAGAGUACAAAGGGACAGGAUAGGUUCUGCUGCCAGAAAGAAAGACGAGUAGCAACCUGAGCAACGUCGUUCUUUGAUGUUUAUCCUUAAAAGGAAUUGCUUCAGUUACUGGAGUUAUCUCGAGAUCAUUCCAGGUCAUCUGGAAUAUUAUUCCAGGUGGUUCUGCUAAGCCUCUAGGUUGAAGGAUUUUUAAGUGAAAGAGUAACAUCAGAAUUGGAUUUACUGAACACACACACACACGCACACACACGCACACGCACACCACCAGCAACAGUGCAGGGGAUGGGUUGUCAAGGGACAAAAGCAAACACAGGAAAUGAUGUCCAUAGCAGGGUUGUUAAUAACAACAAAAGGCUGGAAACAACCACCAUGUCUAAUGGCAAACAGAAUGGUUCAAUUUUGAUGUUCACACAAUAAAUAUUAUACAUAAGUGGAAAUGAGUGAGUUAUACCUUGUGUAAAACAUGAG